AUGCUUCGCGAAGAACGGUGCGGAGUAUUCAGAGCAGUUCAUGAGAUUAUGCAUUGGUUUGCUGGAAAGCACGUGAGAAAUGUAGCGUCAGUGGCCGGCAAUAUCGUAACCGCCUCUCCCAUUUCUGACCUGAAUCCUAUAUGGAUGGCGGCUGGUGCCAAGGUCGUUCUGGAGUCCAUAGAGCGUGGAAUGCGUUGUCCUGUCAUCGAUGAACAUUUCUUCUUAUCUUACAGAAGGGUCGCAGUGGAAGCCGAUGAAGUGGUGAAAGCCGUCAUCAUACCUUUCACCGAGAAGAACCAAUUCUUCCGCGUGUACAAGCAAGCGCAACGUCGCGAGGAUGAUAUCGCGAUUCGUCACCGGAGCAUUUAA